AUGCAAUAUUAUUCGAUAUUUUUGAUCUAUCUUAAAAUUGCCACUGUUUUGUGUUAUUUUUGGAGUGAUGUAGAUCGGUGAGAUUUUCAAAACCUUCUAGAAUCGUUCCAUUUUUCGUAUGUUUCAGAACAACAUCACAACCUUCUGCUCCUUCAAAUCUCGGAUGUUUCAUGUGCACCCAACUUCUAUCCGUGACAAAACAUCGAGUCGGUUUAUCUGAAAAUCAGUUACGUAAUCAGCUCUACGAAAAAUGUCGAGUUCUUCCAAGUGUUUUCAAGGUUCGUCUCAAUUUCUGAAUGUCGACAAAAAAUGUUUUAUAGGAUGAUUUACAGGACCAGUGUUUCACAUUCGUUGAAACUUCUUUACCUGAAAUCUACUUCUCUCUAAACUACGAUUUAUCUUCAAAAGAUGUUUGUGUACGUCUCAAUUUUUGCGAGGAAACAAAUCCAUUUGCUGUCGGAGGACCUUUACCACCAAUUGAACCCGAAACUUAUUCAACAAUCUUGACUAGUACAACUAGAACAUCAACAUUGCCAUCAACUACAACUUCUACAACAUCAGCUCCACCAUCCACCACAACCACAACAAUUGCACAUACUGAUAGAAUUGGUCAUAAAAAUGUGCUCGAAAUCCUCCUGCCUUCUGGGCUCAACAGAAAUUCUAUUGAAGUUGAGACAACUCAAAAACCUGAAAUUGUGGAUGACAAACGGAUGACUUGCGAAUUCUGUGAAAGAAUGUUAGAAAAUGCCAAAGAUUAUGCUGUAACUUCAAAAGUAAUAAAAAUAAUCAAAAAAUUGAAAAUAAAAAUCGCUAAGUUUUCAGGCUGACAUAACAUCCUUUGCAAAUUCCGCAUGCGCUUCUCUACCCAAAGGUCGAACUUCAGAUCAAUGCUAUCAAAUGGCGGACAAAAAGAUAGCCGAACUUGCCAAAUUUGUUGAUCAACAAGUUGUUGAUGCAUUGUGGUGUGCGGAAGUUAAUCGAUGUUAG